AUGAAUGGAACGGAGGGUCCCAAUUUCUACGUCCCGAUGUCCAACAAGACAGGGCUGGUCCGUAGUCCCUUCGAGGAGCCCCAGUACUACCUAGCAGAGCCCUGGAAGUACUCCCUGCUGGCCGCGUACAUGCUCUUCCUCAUCAUCACCGCCUUCCCCAUCAACUUCCUCACCCUCUACGUCACCAUCCAACACAAGAAGCUGCGGACGGCCCUCAACUACAUCCUGCUGAACCUGGCGGUGGCCGACCUCUUCAUGGUGGUGGGCGGCUUCACCACCACCCUCUACACUGCCCUGCACGGCUACUUCGUCCUGGGCGUCACGGGCUGCAACAUUGAGGGCUUCUUCGCCACCAUGGGGGGUGAGAUCGGUCUGUGGUCUCUGGUGGUCCUGGCUAUCGAGCGAUACAUUGUGGUCUGCAAACCCAUGACCAACUUCCGAUUUGGGGAGAAGCACGCAAUCAUGGGGGUGGCACUGACCUGGAUCAUGGCCCUCUCCUGUGCUGUGCCGCCAUUGCUGGGCUGGUCCAGGUACAUCCCAGAAGGCAUGCAGUGCUCCUGUGGAAUAGACUACUACACCCCCAAACCAGAGCUGAACAACACCUCUUUUGUUAUUUAUAUGUUCAUCCUACACUUCUCCAUCCCGCUGCUGGUCAUCUUCUUCUGCUACAGCCGUCUGCUCUGCACCGUCCGAGCGGCAGCAGCGCAGCAGCAGGAGUCAGAGACCACACAGAGGGCUGAGAAGGAAGUGACUCGCAUGGUGGUUGUCAUGGUGAUCUCUUUCCUGGUAUGCUGGUUGCCUUAUGCCAGUGUGGCCUGGUACAUCUUUGCCAAUCAGGGCGCAGACUUCGGACCUGUGUUCAUGACCGCUCCCGCUUUCUUUGCCAAGAGCGCUGCCCUCUAUAACCCGGUCAUCUACAUCCUGCUCAACAGACAGUUCCGCAACUGCAUGAUCACCACUGUUUGCUGUGGGAAGAAUCCUUUUGGUGAAGAGGAGACGACUACCACAGCUUCGUCCAAGACCCAGUCCUCCGCUGUAUCUAACAGCCAGGUGUCCCCUGCCUGA